GUCAGGACCAACGUACCACAGAAGCUGCUGACACGAUAUUCCUGCUGUUUUAUGUUAUGUGUUGAUACUGCUAGCGCUUGAAAACACAUAUCCAAUCAGUCGCCCAAGCUCUGUCAGCUCGCUUAUCAUUGGUGUAGUUUCUGCUCGUGUGUUAGCGUUUCAGGGUUAUUGAUGCUUGAGACAUUUCUGGCGCAGCUAAAUUAAACACGAUAUUGCACCCGGCACCACGCGAGGUGGAACGAAUCAAGCAAGUUGACUGUUGAAGUCAAGAACGACUUUUAUCCGUCCUCAUAACCCUUGACUGUUUUGUAACCUAAAACGGAUCAAACUUCUUCAAUAUGAACAUGGUCAACAUUUUGCUCAUUUUUGGACUCAUUGGAGCUUCACUUGCCAGUGAUGCGUGUCAGAACCCUCAGAUCAAGGCAGAAUCAUACACGUCACAGGAUGCCACUAUUGUCACCAACAUCGCCUAUAUCGCCACAUUCUCGCUCACGUGCGCCAACGGUGUCACGGGUGUGAGCCUGUACGCGGCCAUCGGCGACCGGCUGGUGCCAGUGGCGCGCUCCGCUGAUGGCGCCACCUACCAGGUCAGCUGGACCGAGGAGGUAGCCAAGGCGACCACCGGCGACCACGCCAUCGGUCUCUAUGACGAUGUCGGCUACGCGGCCGUACGCAAGGCUCAGCGUUCGGAUGAGCCCAUCAGCUCUGUGAAGCCCAUGGCGACCAUCAUUGUCAACCACCCGGGCGCCUACACCGGGCCUCUGGUCAACUCAGAGUUCAUGGCGGCACUGCUGGCCUCCGUGGUGUUCUACGUGGCCUUCUCCACGAGGUCGACGCUGCAGGCAUAAAGACCCUGAGGUCGGAGGACCCGUCCUGCGUGGCUGCCGGGCCGGCCGGGCUCCUGCGAGGUGAACUGAACACCCAAACGGUGUGAGGAUAGAUGAAAAGAGAUGCGUUCGGGGGAGAGAGGUGCGUUUGGAAACGAUCGUGUGCCCGAUUGGUUGUGGGGCGCGAGUGUUAUUUGAGAAUACUGGUGCCGUGAGACGUGAUUGUCGCCUUUGUUGCGUUCUUAUGUUGGUGAGAGACAGGUAUUUAUGUAAUAUCUGACGAAUUCUGCAAUAGAUUCAGUGGGGCUGAUGUUUCUGUUACUUUUUACAUCGUGUCUGUGUGAAGCGAUGUUUGAAUAAAAUGAACCACACGGUGAUUACAAACUGCUGUUCGCACGGGCCAUUCCGGAAAUUGCUGUUAGCAGUGUCUGUUCUGGGGGCGUCCGGCGAUCUUUUUCUAAAUAAACCUCUUCAAACUC